AUGAAACGCCACAGGCAUCUAAGCACCAGUGACAGUUCAGACAAUGAGAGUCCUUCCACUUCCUUUUCUUCUUGUUCUAAAUACAGGAGCAAGUCAAAAACACCAGCAAAUGAACAGAAGAAACCUGCUGAGGUGUUCCGCAAGGAUCUCAUUAGUGCCAUGAAACUACCAGAUUCUCACCAUGUCAACCCUGAUGAAUAUUAUAUCUUUGCGGACACAUGGAAACAAGAAUGGGAGAAAGGGGUUCAAGUUCCAGCCAGUCCAGAAACUAUUCCACAGCCUUCUCUCAGGGUUGUAGCAGAAAAGGUGAAAGAAGUACUGUAUACACGACCCAGGAAAUACAUCCAUUGUUCCAGCCAAGAGCCCACAGAACCAGGUUACAUCAACAUUUUGGAACUGGCAGAAUCUGUGUGUCGCUAUGACUUGGAUGACAUGGACAUCUUUUGGCUUCAGGAGCUAAAUGAAGAGCUUACAGAAAUGGGAUGUGGGCCCCUGGAUGAAAACACAAUGGAAAAGACAAUUGAAGUGCUGGAACGACACUGUCAUGAGAACAUGAAUCACGCUAUUGAGACUGAAGAAGGACUGGGUAUUGAAUAUGAUGAAGACGUCAUCUGUGAUGUGUGCCGGUCCCCUGACAGUGAAGAUGGGAAUGACAUGGUGUUUUGUGACAAGUGUAAUAUCUGUGUCCAUCAGGCAUGCUAUGGUAUCUUGAAAGUACCUGAAGGGAGUUGGCUGUGUCGCACCUGCGUACUGGGAAUACAUCCUCAGUGCCUCCUGUGUCCCAAAAGAGGAGGUGCCAUGAAAGCUACCAGGACAGGGACCAAGUGGGCACAUGUGAGCUGUGCUCUCUGGAUUCCAGAGGUUAGUAUUGCUUGCCCAGAAAGGAUGGAGCCAAUCACAAAGGUGUCUCACAUUCCACCAAGUCGAUGGGCUCUAGUGUGUAGUUUAUGCAAACUGAAAACUGGUGCUUGCAUUCAGUGCUCUGUGAAAAGCUGUAUCACUGCCUUUCAUGUCACCUGUGCCUUUGAGCAUAGCUUAGAGAUGAAGACUAUCCUGGAUGAUGGGGAUGAAGUCAAGUUCAAGUCGUAUUGUCUAAAGCACAGCAAGAACAAACAGAAUUCGCUGCCUGAUGUUGAUGAGCACCCCAAGAGCGUGUCAGACCAGAAGCAAACAGAGAGCGAGAAAACCAGUUUGCGAGCCCAGAAACUCCGAGAGCUGGAAGAAGAGUUUUACUCACUAGUUAAAGUGGAGGAUGUUGCAGCAGAACUGGGCCUUCCUAAACUUGCUGUAGACUUCAUCUACAAUUACUGGAAAUUAAAGCGAAAAAGUAACUUUAACAAACCAUUGUUUCCUCCCAAGGAGGAUGAAGAAAAUGGCUUGGUGCAGCCAAAAGAAGAUAGCAUUCAUACUCGCAUGAGGAUGUUCAUGCAUUUGAGGCAGGACCUAGAGAGGGUAAGAAAUCUCUGCUACAUGGUAAGCAGGAGAGAGAAACUGAAGUUGUCUCACAGCAAAGUACAUGAACAGGUCUUCAAUUUGCAAGUCCAGCUCAUUAAUCAGGAAAUUGCUGCAGGCCAUACCCUGACAAGUGCACUAGAGAACACACUGUUCUACCCACCUCCCAGAAUCACCCUGAAGUUAAAAAUGCCCAAAUCAGCACUAGGAGAUUGCAAAAAUAACUCGCUGAAGCCUGGCAACAGACCGCUUUCUCCUGACAACAGCACUGUUUACAGCAAACGGAGCGUGCCGAUGUCAAAGGAAUCGUUUGAAAUUAAAGCAAAAUCUUACUCCAGGUAUCAGCAUGACAGCAGAAGUAACGGGUUGCUGGCAGGGAUUGGCAAGCCUCGGAGCGAGGCGAAGGAUUCUGGUCCCACGCAGAUGCCGGAGUUUCACCGGGGCCAGCCGUCUGGGAAGCCCUUAGCACUUCAGGCUGCUUUGCACGGACAGUCUUCCAUUGGGAACGGGCGGGUGCAGCAGGAGAACUCAAGGCUGGCGGCCAAGUCCAACGGUCUGAUGGGCAGGGCGGGAGAUGUGAGCCAGAGAGACAGCUCCAGCCAGACACCCUACGAACAAGAGUCCAUGCUCACGGCUCACUUGGCCAGCCAGAGCGGUUUCAGAAAAUCCACCAUAGAACAUUUUAGCCGGUCCUUUAAAGAGGCUACCAACAGUCUGGUGAGGACCACGGAAGAUCUCCGGUGCUGUGAAAAGCCAACAAGAAGACUUGCAACAAAAGAUCGCUUGUGGAGCAAGCAGACUCUUGAAGGUGCUCCGUACCAGGACAAUGACGGGUACUGUCCUGACUUAGAGCUGAGUGACUCUGAAGCAGAAAGCGAUGAAAACAAAGAGCAAGUGAGGUUAAGACGAAGUAGCUCAGAGACAGAAAGCCCAAGUAAGGACUUUGGAAGAGAUUGUCACAAUAGAAACAAAAAGAAUAUGAUUUCUCACAGUUCGGUACAAAGGUGA